AUGGCGCCAUUACAGGAACAACAAAUCAUUAACAAGCUCCAAUCCAAUUGGAUCUGGAUUCCCGACUGGGUCGACUCCUCCAAACAAAACACUGCCGCACGUAUCGUCACAUUCAGCCGCAAGUUUACUCUCGCCUCGCGACCGGCUCGAGCGCUCCUCCAUUUCUCGGCCGACACGCGGUACAAGCUCGUUAUCAACGGCACUCGAGUAGCUGUUGGGCCAGCGAGAGGUAGUCCGUUGAUAUGGUAUUAUGACUCGCUCGAUAUUGCUCCGCACCUCAAACAAGGCGAUAAUGAGAUUCACUUUGUAGUGAUUCGCUACUUUGCAGCUUCGCGUGGUGGAAUGCCUUUCGAGAGGACUUCAUUCCCGGGAUUGACUAUUAUUGGUGAUGUUGAGUUGGAUGGGGAGUUUAUAAGUCUUGACUGUCGGGAAGGCUGGUUGGCUCAAGAGGAUAACUCGAUCCUGUUCCCAAUGGGAAGACCGGACGAUGUCUUCCUUCAUAUUAACGAACACAUCGUACCUACCCCUCCUAAAGACAAAAUCACACCUGUGCCAUACAACAUCAAGACACUCAACGGAGAGCUUCCGCCAUGGCGUCUUCGAUCUCGCGUGAUCCCCAAACCGGAGCAAACACCUGCUAGUGUCAAGAUCAUUAGAAAGAAUGUCGGAAGCUUGGACUCUGAUGACUGGGUUGCAUGUCUCUCAGGCCAGCGUCCUCUCACUCUGGCAGCUGGGUCCUCACACAUGCUCGAGGUCCAAGCGGAUGUGCAUUCAACGGCAUUUCUGCGCUGGACGUUCAAGGCGGCUCAAAAGAGCCAGAUCCGAAUGAAGAUCACUUACAGCGAGGGCUAUGAGAAUGAACCGCGCUCUUAUCCAUUCUUCAGGUCUAAGUCUGACAGGCUGGAUGCGACUAAUGGUCAUAUCAUCGGUCCUUACGAUGACAUAACCCUUGACCUGCCAGCGUCGCAGACUAUAGUUUACGAACCAUUUUGGUUUAGAACAUUCCGUGUUAUGCGGUGGGAGAUCACAGCUGGAUCCGAAGCUGUUGAACUGUCCUCUUUCGAAGCUACGCAGGUCAAUUAUCCUCUUGCUAUCAAAGCCAGCUGGGACGAGCCAGGAGACAAGGACGCUAAACAGAUAUGGGAUGUGUCCAUCAGAACUAUGAGAAAUUGCAUGUUUGACGGGUACUCAGACUGCCCCUUCUACGAACAACUCCAGUACUCCGGUGAUUCUCGCUCCGUCGGCUUAUUUCACUAUCUUCUCUCUGGAGAUGACAGACUGAUGAGACAGACAAUCACCAACUUUGCUGCAUCCGUGACACCCGAGGGCUUAACACAGUCUCGCUUCCCCUCACACGUACCGCAGAUCAUCGCUGGUUUCUCGCUAUACUGGGUCCUCCAGAUCUGCGAUCAUCACCUCUACUUCGGCGACACGGCAUAUACACGGUCAUUCCUCCCACGAAUCGAUGGUGUCUUUGAGUUCUUCGAGUCUCAUAUCGAUGAACUGGGUCUUGUUAGUGGGUUUCCUGAAGAUGUUUGGCAAUAUGUCGACUGGGUCACUUCUUGGGGCGCAACCGAUACGCACCCAGACAAAGGGGUUCCAACAUCAGGGCGAGAGUCGAAUAGGCAUACAUACUUCAGUAUGCUUUAUGCCUAUGUCUUGAAGCAGGCUGCUCGUCUGGUCCGAGAUGUCGGUCGACCUGGCUACGCGGAAGAGUACGAAUCUCGCGCGGCAUCUGUAAUCAAGGCGGUCCGCACUCAUUGCUUCGAUGGGAAGUUCUUCACGGAUUCUACGGCUGACAUCGCGGGUGAGGGGGCUUACUCCCAGCAUUGCCAAGUAUUUGCCGUCCUCAGUGGCGUCGCAACCCCCGAAGAACGACCACGUCUUCUAAAGGAGUCAUUCUCUGAUCCAGCCUUCUCCAAAUGUUCCUAUGUCAUGAUUUUCUAUGCUCUGCGGGCGUUCGCUCUCGGAGGAGACGAAGUCUACGAGUCAGCAUGGGGAAGUGUUUGGGGCCCUUGGCGAAAGAUGUUGGCCAAUAACCUCACAACCUGGGAAGAGGAUGACGUGCGGCAGCGGUCAGACUGUCAUGCAUGGGGUAGUGUUCCUAUCUACGAGUAUUGCACCGAGCUGGCUGGUCUGCAUGUCAUAGCACCAGGGUCAAGCAAAGUCUUAUUUUCGCCAAGACUGAAUUUGAGUCGAGCGUUGAAGGCGACAGUAGCGCUUGGUUCGAGCAACACUGCUACAGUGUCGUGGAGUGUUGAGGAUGAUGGCCGAAAGAAGGUCGAGUUACGGCUCGAGUCGCCAGUUUGUGUUGUUAGUAAGUUGCCAGGCGGGGAGGAAAGGAACUGCGGUGUGAUUGAUCACCUUACAUUGAGUUUCUAG